AUGACGGAACCGUUCUGGACAGCGAGAGGUCUGAAUCAAGGCUGCCCACUGAGCCCGUUAUUAUACAACCUACUAACGGCGGAUUUGGAGGAAGAGAUGCAGGAAGGAGGGAUAGGAGGAAUCAAACUAGGAGAGAAGAAAAUAUAUACUCUGGCCUAUGCAGACGACGUGGCGUUGCUGGCAGAGAAAGAAGAAGACAUGACGGCGAUGCUAAGGAGACUAGAGAGGUACUUGGACAGGAAGAAGCUGCAACUAAACCGGGAAAAGUCAAAGGUGAUGAGAUUCAGAAAAGGCGGAGGAAGAUGGAAGAAGAGGGACUGGACCUGGAAGGGAAAGAAAACGGAAGAGGUAAAGUCCUUCAAAUACCUAGAGUAUAUCUUCAGGAGAAACGGAGGGAAUGAAAUGCAUAUAAAGGACAGGGUGGGAAAAGCGAGUGUAGUGAUGAGACAAGUCUGGUGGAUUGGAAAAAGAAGAUUUGGAAAGGAUUGGAGGAGGAGGAUAUGGCUAUGGGACAGAUUGGCCUGGUCGACAACGGCGUACGGCGUCGAAGUCUGGGGGUGGAAUGAAUGGAGGGAAACAGAAGGGCUGCCGGAGAGAUACUUGAGAUGGACGCUAGGGGAGGAUUGGUGCACCCCGGGAUACAUGCUGAGAGAAGAGUUGCAAAGAUCGAAAAUGAGGGAUAAAGCGGGAAAAUUGGCAUGGGGAUACGAAAGGAAGAUGUGGAGGAAAAGGAGGCGAAUUGGCAAGGAAAUGUUGGGAGAAAAUGAUAAGAGGAGAGCAAAGGGAAUCGGAAAGAAACAAGUGGGAAGAGAGGAAGAAACGUGGGAACACGUAUGGGAAGGAUGUGGGGUAAGCGAGGAAAGAAAAGAAGGAUGGCAAGAAAAAGUUAAGGAGUUGCUGGGUGAAGAUGGAGAAGGAGAACUAUGGAUGAAGGAAGCAGAGAAAGGCAGGACGGAAGGGGAAGACGAGGUGGAAGUCGAAAAUGGAGGAAUCGACAAUACCGACAGCAACAGCCAGUAA